GACGCACUUAUUAAUGGACUAAACCGCGCGCUGUUUGGCCAUUCACUUUUUGAAUAUUACGCUGUUUUUCUUUAUUCUUGUUAAAUUAUUACAGCACGGGGGUUUUCAGCCUCGGAAACAUGUUCAGCCCCCGCACAGUUCCGAGCUCUGGCCGUCGGCAGCCGAACAGACCCUCGGCCCGGAAGAGUGUUGGAGGAGCGGGGUCCAGUCUGCUGUUCUCACCGCGCAGGACGCCUCUCUCCGGGGCCAGAUCGACACCAACUCGAGGUCAAAGUCACUCUGUCCCGGAGCCCCUGAGCUACGACGUCCAGCCAUUUGGCUCCUCUCUCCCGGUCAAAGUCAUGGAGGCCCUGACUAUGGCUGAAGCUGAUGAUCAGAUCUCAGUGAAGGUUGAUGAGAGCGGCUGGGCCUGGAUGGUCUGUGGGGAAAAACUCAUCAUCUGGAAAAUCUGUCAGACUGCAGUGGCUAAGCUGUCAGUGUGUAAGGAGCUGCAGUUGCCUCCCAGCGAGUAUUCCUUCAGCUCUGACCUGAUCUCGGUCUCUUCCGGAGCUUCUCUGGACUCUGCUCCGGUUCAGUCCAUCUGUGUCCUGGCUCUGUCCACAGAGGGUACAGCCCGACUCUGGGCCAGUCUGGCUCACGAAGGGAACUACUCAGACACAGAACUGGACCUGGGAGACUUCACACACUCGGUGGUCGGUGUCAGGGGGGGUGGUUUCGUGGUGUCGUCCUGUAAGAGCCGUCUGCUCAGAGCUUCCGCAGACUCUUCAGGGAGGCUGCAGUGCCACUGUCUUCCCCAGGGGCAGGGAAUGCUCUCUGGGAUUGGACGUAGGGUCUCCAGCCUCUUUGGGAUCCUGUCUCCACCCACCAGUGACACACUCCACAGCGUUCUCUGGUCUCCCUCCUCCUCCUCCUUCUUCGCUCUCUCAAGCUCCAGUUUAAACAAAUGGGACCUGGGCGACUCUCAUGAACAUCACAUUUACAGCUGGGAGCACAGAGCUGUGACGGAGAGCAUCACCGAUGCCAUCUGGGGCUCCCAGGCAAACUUUGAGGAGAUGAAAGAAGGAGCCAACGUGACAUACCUCGACAUGAAGCACGGACACUCUGGUCUGGUGGUGCUGGCUGCUGCCUGGCAUCCUUCUGAUACUCCCUGUCUGGCGUACUUCUGCCUGGUCACUCUUAUCGGCUCUGGAGCCUCUGUCUCUGAGGAGAUCACUGUGGAGGUCACCAAGUUCACCACACCAUUCCAGAGUGAGGAGGCUCUUCAGUCCAUGAGUCUGAUCCUCCCUCUGGCCCCUGGCUCUGAGGCGUUCAUCUUUAACUCUGAGCUGGUGUUCGCCUGCUCCACCGGAACCAAGAGAGCUGCACUGCCCGAUGAAAAAAUCCUAUUUAACGCUCCAGGUGACGGAGUAUGUGGAGGUGGAUGCUGUUCAAACUUGCCUGUGUUCUUCACUCGGCACAGUGGUCUCAUGGCUCUGGUGGGGAGAGAGAGCGCGUCUAUCCUCCCUGAGACCAUGGAGGACUCUCUCUGCUCCUCCCUUGCUGCUGCGCCUGAGGUUUCUGUGAUGGAGACUCCAAGUCAAGCUGAAACUGUGGCUGAAAAAGACAAGACCAAACUGCUGAAGGCUGCAUUUCUCCAGUUCUGCCGUAAUGACCUUGUGGGGGCGCAGACAGUCACUGAUGAGCUGUUCCCCGAGGAGGGGGCAGAGCCGGACACCAUGGUAACGGGGAUCGACUUGGAUCUGGUGGAUGAUUACCCUGCGUCUGACCCACGCUGGGCUGAGUCUGUGCCGGAUGAGAGUGGAGGUUUCCCGCUCACAUCUCUGAUCAUUCUGCAUCAGCUUGAGGACAAGAUGAAGGCUCACGGCUGCUUCAUGGACUUUCUACUGCAGGUGGGUUUGUUGGACCGCCUAGGCUCCGUCACCAUUCGCUCGUCUCCCAUGGCGACGCGUCUGUUGCUGUGUGAACAUGCAGAGAAGCUCCAGGCUGCAAUGGUGCUAAAGAGCCAUCACUCCAGACACCCAGAGCUCAUGAAUAGAGUGAUCAAUUCUGCCCUGGGCAAGAGGAGCACCACUGUCCCCCCAAGUCUCACAGCAGCAGAUGUCUUCUUUCGGGAGGUGUCUCAGAUCGGGUCAAUAUUUGAGUGUCUUCUAGAGGAGGAGGAGCAAAGCCUGAAGGACUAUCCUGUAGACUCAGUGCAGUGGGCGGAGGUCGUCCUCACAGUCAACAACAUACUGAAGGACGUCCUGCAGGCGGCGCUGCAGUACAGAGAGACCAAAGCCUCCAUGUACAGAGCCUCAGAGCAAGCAACAAUUGAGUACAUCCCCUGGACAGCCUCCUCCAGUGUGCGCUCCGUCCUCUCUCGACAGCAUGAGUUGCUCCUGCGUUCGGUAUAUCCUCAAGCAGACUCAGAGUUGCGCAGUGCCAUUUGUGAGCAGCUGGUGGCACUGUUGGACAUUUACCUGGGCGGGUAUGUGGCCCAGCUUAACUCUGUGCAGCAGCAGAAGCCCGCGGGAGGGCAUCAGGAGCGAUUCAACGCUUUGGAGAUGGAGUACACCCAAAGGAGAGGCGAAAUGCUCGGACUGUUUUUGGAGCUGGGUCAGUACCAGUGGGUGGCUGCUUUGGCAGAAAAAUACUGUGACUUUGACAUCCUGGUUCAGAUGUGUGAGCAGACGGACAACCAGAGCCGACUGCAGCACUAUAUGACCAAGUUCGCCAACCAGAACUUCUCAGACUUCCUGUUCCGCUGGUACAUGGAGAAGGGGAAGAGGGGGAAACUCCUGUCUCAGCCGGCCGCGCAGCACCUGCAGUUGGCCAGCUUCCUCCAGUCGCACCAACACCUGAGCUGGCUGCACCACAUUCACAUCAACAACUACCAACAGGCCCAUCAGACUCUGUAUAGUCAGGCCAACGCAGAGACGAGAUACUUCACCAAAAAGAAAACUCUUUUGGCUCUGAGCAAACUCACAGCUCUGGCCUCAGACCUGAACAAAGACGAUCUCAACAAACAAGUCAAUGACAUUGGGGAGCAGGAGCGGUUCCUCUUACAUCAGGAGACACUCCCUCGACAGCUGCUGGAAGAGAAACAGCAGAAUCCAGACACGAUGCCCGUCCUCACCGCUCACAACCUCAUACAGCUGUACAUUUGUGACGACAACAGGCGAGCAAAUGAGUACGACUUUAAGAAAGCUCUGGACCUGCUUGAGUACAUUGAAGAGGAGGAUGAAGUGGACAUUGAAGCUCUCAAGUGUGAAAUCCUUGGAAAAGCUCUUCGCAAAGACGACUGGUCGACGGCCGAUGGAAACGACGACCCUCUGGAAGCUGCUAAAGACAGUGUUUUUGUCAAGAUCCUGCUCAAACUCAUACAAGAAGGAGUCCCUCUGCAGACGUAUCUCCCCGAUGUUAAAGAGCUUUUGGAUUUAGAAGAACUCGGUGUUCUAAAGUCCAAACCUUAUUUUGAGUUUGUGCUGCGAGCAAAUUACGAACAUUAUCUACAGGCUCAGAUGUGACACUGCACUUCAAAUUAGCUUUAAAAAGAAUGUUCAAAUAUUUUCUAUAAAUAUGCUCUUUUUCUAAAUAAAUAAUUGUGAAAAUAAUGUUUUUUUUGUUAUAUUUAGUGUUACAAUCAUAUUUAAAGGAACAGUAUGUAACAUCUCUAGUAGAGUAUCCAGCAUUUGUUUGUUUCCAUGGCAUUAAACUUUAUCAAUUACAGAU